UGAAAAACAAAAAAUGCGAAAGUUUUGAUGUGCAAACGAGCUAAAGUUGCGCUUAUAACGGCCAGUAAAGUUGCAGCAAUUGUGCACGUCAUUUUUGCCAAAGCUACCGAAAUGGCGGCCAGGAAGACCAUCCGCUGCGCUGUACAGCACGAGAUCGCCAAACGCAAAGGCUCGCGCUUCAUCUCAGCCGCAUGGCCGCUGUCAGGAGGUGGUGAUGCAGCUUCAGUGCUUGUAAAACAAUACAUUGAAACGCAGCGCGGGAAGUUCCCGGCCGCUAACCAUCACUGCUAUGCCUACACGACAAUGGACGGCCGUAAGCUGUGCUCGGACGACGGAGAGCCACACGGAACCGCUGGGAGACCCAUCUUGGCCUCUUUACAACGUGCACAAUUAGUCGACGUCUGUCUGGUGGUGACGAGAAUAUUUGGUGGCGUGAAGCUUGGGUCUGGAGGACUCAUCCGAGCGUAUGGAGCUGCAGCGCAGGAGGUGAUCGAGCAGGCAGAGAUCGUUCAAAAGGUGCCAACCAAGUUGCUGUAUGUGAAGACAAAUUUCUCGUACGUUGAUGUGGUCAAACGAGCGUCCGAUCACUUCACGGCAGAGUUGGUAUCACAGGAAUACGCAGAGGACGCAACGUUCACUGUUAGUGUUCCUGUGCUCAAGAGCGACGAGUUUAUUGGCUUCAUUCAAACAAAAUCGUCCGGACAAGUUGAAGUGGAGGAGCUGUAAAGGUAAUUGUAUGUACAAGAAAGCGAACUAAACUUUCGUCCUCGGACUUACACAUCAGGAUAAUUUUCAGUCAGCCACUGGACGACUUCCUCUUGAGGGUCCAGCACAGCUACAAUACCCUCAGUUGUCACUGAACGACAGUCCAAUUGCCCAGACUUUUUCAGGAACUGAAGCAUCUCGAAGUUACCGCUAGAAACAGCGUUCAUCAUCACGUAUGUGGGGCAUUUCAGUGCGCAGACGUUGCUUAGCCACUUGAUGACUUCGACGUGGCUGUUCUUGGCUGCUCCUGCCAUCGCUGCAGGCGAGCAGCGCUCCCCACAGCUCUCGUAUAACCACUGAACUAACUCCAAAUGGCCGUUGGUUGCAGCAGUGUCAAUAACACGAGCAGAACACUCAUCUACGAAAGUAUUGCGAAGAAAUUUAACCACAUCGAGGUGACCAGUGCUCACAGAGUUGUGAAAAGCCUCCGAGAUAAUUCCCUCGUAUCUGUGAGCAACGAUCCACUUCACCAUUUCAAGGUCUCCGUUACCAGCAGCGGCAUUCAAAGCAUACUUCGUGCAGCCCUCUGCUCGAUUCGCAUGCAAGAAUUGCACCACUUCCAAGUGUCCAUUCGCUGAAGCUUGAUCCAUCGCGAAGGUCGUGCAUCCUUCACGACGGUUGACAUGAAGCCACUUGACCAUUGCAAGGUGGCCCGCUUUACUCGCCCAGUCCAUUGCCUCUGCUGUGCAGCCUUCAUCGCG